AUGCCGUUCAAGGUUAUUAUUGUCGGGGGUGGACUCGCCGGAUCACUCUUGGCCAAUGGCCUCAUCAAGAACAAUGUCGACGUGGAAGUGUUCGAACGAGAUGUAGCCUAUUCGAAGCGCGAAGGAUAUCAGAUUCGUCUUGGCGCCAUGGCGCUCUCCGGCCUGCAUACCUGCCUCAGUGAGACGGCUUGUCGAGAAAUUAUUGGCAAGUUUGGACGCAGCGGUGGACAAGUCUAUACGACGCCCAUUCUCUACAGCACCGAUCUCACCCCGCUUCGAGGUUUCAAUGGCAAGAGCCAACCCUACCACAGAAGCGCACCGAUUAGCCGUGUCAUCUUGCGAGAUGCUCUGGCAGAGCCAUUGAUCAAGCAGAAUGUCAUUCGAUACGAGAAGAAAUAUCUUUAUUCAGAGAUUGUCCGCGGCCCGGAUGGCAUGGACAAGGUUCAUGCCUUUUUUGAGGACGGAACUGUGGCAGAGGGUGAUAUGCUCGUUGCAGCAGAUGGUUCAGGAUCAAAGAUUAAUACUGAAGCCGGCCCUGACAACAUUGUGGAUAAACGGGAUCGUUGUGGGUUCUUGGCCAAAGGUCAACUUCCCAAGGAGACGCUCCGAAGACUUCCUCAUCAACUUCGUGCGGGUCCAUUGGUGAUUGAAGACGACGGCGUUGUCUUUAUAGCCUCGGCGUAUCUGCCGGAUAAGCUCAAGAGACGGGCUCCGCGUCCCGCUCAUCUAGCGCCCAACUUUGAAGAUUUUGAGCGAGCAACAACGUCAUCCGUGAAGCAGGUCUCGGUGCGAUCACUCGACUCAUGCUCGAGUGAUGAGACCGACUUGAGUUUCGACGAGAAAGCUGCAAGUCUCAUGUGGAACAUUAACAUGCCCACUGACCGAGUCCCCGAGAACCUCGAGGCCGACGAUCCGGUCGAACGUCUCAUUGACACCAUCCGGCAUUGGGAUCCUUCAGUACACGAGAUUAUCCGUUCAGUCUCACGCGAGGAACUGUAUCAAUUCUACGGUCGAGUCGGCUGUAGUCCGACCCUAGACUGGCGAGAACGCUCAGGCGGUGGUUCGGUCAACUCUAGAAACCCAAAGAAGGGCCAUCCUAGAAUUUGGUUUAUUGGAGAUUGUUUCCACCCCAUGCUUCCGACUCGAGCGAUGGGCGGAAACCAAGCCAUGUGUGACGCCGGUGAGGUUUGCAAGUACAUUUCCAAGCUGGCGCACCAGAGCAACCCUAUCAACAAUGAACUCCUCGAACGAUCCGUCUUCAAUUACGAAGCCGGCAUGAUUCCGAGAGCAUUUGAGUGGGUCGAAAAGUCCAAUACCGCCGGUGGGGUCCGCCGCACCUUGAGCAUCCUCAAGGCAAAGAAAUCCCAUUCGAGCUUCCGACUCAAUUCGAUCAAGGGAAAACUACAACUCUUCUUUGUACACCGCGCCCACGAGGUCGAUGCCGGGCUCGGUGUCAUGCUCCGGCGGCUGGGCGGCAAGCGCGACAAUGGCGGCGACUUUGAUUCAUUCAGAUGA